CUAGCGGUUCAUCUGAGGCUUUUAUUGUGGAGAAUGCAGCGGACCGGAAGUCCUGACUGGCGGGUAAAGUCAGUGACCUCCGUGAUGGCGGCGGGUCGAGGGGAGUUCUUCCGGAGCCUGUGGACGGGUCUGGAGACUCUGUCUCCUCCAGGAGGACGACCAGCACCGCCGGGACGCGGCAGAGCGAUGCCCAGGCCGGAGAGAGGACCUGCGGGCAGCCGAGGCUGGAGGAGGCCGCCGAGGGCCGCGUCGAGCCGAGUCACCGGGAGCUUCCGGAGAGAAAGAAAAGAGAGAAAGUCAACAGAUGUCCUCCAGAUGAAGCCUCCUCAGCCCAGAGACGUCCACCUGGACAGGCUGCCGCCGGAGAUCCUGGUGAAGAUUCUCUCGUUCCUGGACGCCUCCUCGCUGUUCUGCAUCAGUCAUGUCAGCACGCUCUUCCACCAGCUCGCCAACGAUGACGGCCUGUGGAAGAAGAUUUACACCUCGGAGUUUAGGAGUCAGACCUGGAGGCCAAAGUCGGCGCAUGAUGCAGCGAGUCGGGUGGAGGAGGAGGAGGUGGAGGAGGAGCAGUCACUGGGACACUGGAAGAAGAUUUACUUCAGCACACUGGCUGGACGAGAGGUGAAUAAGUGGAAGAGAGAGCUGAAAGACAUCAGGCUGUACACGGGGCUGCCCCGGCAGACAGAGUGGCUCCUCAGGACCCUGAACGUGAGCUGGGAGCUGACGCUGUGCGACUGCUGGGGGCAGGAGACGGUGCUGCAGGAGAGUCGAGUGCACUUCCUCGAUUCCUCAGUGAUCGUCCGCUGGAGCGAGGGCGUCUUCCCCAGGUACCGUCACAUCAGCAGCCUCCAGGUGCACGGCGUCAGGAAGGAGAUGCAGAAGAGCUCCAGAGUCAGGCCCAGCUGGAGGUCUCUGAUUUUAAAGCUGGACAUGGAGACUGAGCGUCGUAGCAUCAUCGGCAGCGACAAACUGAUCAAACUGAUACUUCUGUCGCCGGGCGUCAUCAUCGGCAGCUGGAGGGUGAAUCUCAGGCUCUUGUUUGUCACUUCCUGCAGCCUGUACUCUGAACCCGUGGAGAACUCACACCCUGCGUUUGACUCACAAGGCUACAGCGUCCACUUUGUCCUGCACAACACCGGCACUGAGAUCACGUCGGACCACUUCAGUCACGUCUGCUGUCGCACAGUUCGGCUGGAGCGUGAACUUCUGCAGUUGAAGCUCAUCGACAGCACCGUCUUGCACCAGCACAAACUGCUGUCUGGAAACAUCAAGCUGCCGUGGAAGAGCGAGGAGCUGGAGGGAGCAGUGGAGAACUGCUGCAUCAUGACGCUGACGGUGCUGGACCGGUUCCUGAAACCAGUCUGGUGUGUCAGCACGCCGAUCUUCAUCAGGAUGGCGAAGAGGCCUCUGUCCAUCACGUACUGCGGCGAGCACUUCCUGAUGGACUACAACGGCCCCGGCGGUAAGGUGAAGAUGAAGCUGGUGUGGAUGAAGGAGCAGAAGCAGUUUUUCCUCAUCAGCCUCAUCAUCUACAUUUAAUUUCCCAGAGGCAGCUUGUGUUGAUUCUUCUCUCGAGCAGAAACUUUGAGUUUAUCUAGUUUUUGUUGAUGGUUUCAAUGGAAUCAGUGAAGAAAAGAAGAUAUUUAAAGCUCCAGAUGUUUCAGCUUCAUUUCUUUAAAAAUGAGUUCAAAGAGUUUGGACCUCUAGAAAAAUAAAAGCAGAUUUCAUUGUAAA